GGAUCUGGCAAAAUACGGCUCUAAGUUCAUUUCCAGCUGCUGCUUUUCGUGCUAAAGAAGGAUACUGAAUCCUGAUAGUAGGAUUUUUGCUGAGCAUUUAUACCAAGGCCAGCGUCAGGAAAGAUGUGCAGCAGCAACAGUGUUGUUCAGACACAAAAACUGGUGGAUCAACUGCGAGUUGAGGCAAGCAUGGAGAGAAUCAAGAUCUCCCUCACAGCAGCAGACUUGGUCCAGUACUGUCAGGACCACAGGCGCAGUGACCCUCUGCUUACUGGCAUCGCUGCCUCGUCCAAUCCCUUCAAAGAUAAGAAGACCUGUGUGCUGCUUUGA